UUUUUUUUUUUUUUAAAUAACUGGAUGGGACGUGUGAUGUGUGAUGACGUCAUCACAUCACGUCCUGCACGUCUUCCAUGUUGCAGUGUUCAACUGUUCACGCGCCACUUUUUUUGCAUGUGUAAUUCAAAUUAUGGACGGUUUUAGAGGAUUGUAAUCAUUUUUUUUUUAUUUUUAUAUUCUAUUUUACCAUUUUUAUGGUUUUUUAAGUGUUUGUAUAAAAGGAAAGUAAGUUUGUUUUAUAAAUAUUCAUUUUGAGCUUUUCUUUUCUCUGUUUUCGUUUUAUACAGAGUAUAGGGGUUAGGGUUUCUUCUUCUUGGGGUGGUUUAUUUUUGUAUUAGCAAGAGAGUUUGAGUGCAUCAUUUUCGUUUAUUGCCUUGUUAUUAUCAUCUGUAAACCUAAAAAAUGGUUAAAACUCGUUCCUCAAUUUCUCCUUCGCAUUCUGUAAAGGUAGCUGCUGAUAAGAAGAAAAUGGAAAAUGUCUCCGAUGAUGGAGAUCGUGAUGAUUCUGAUCGUUCUGGUGGUUCUGGUGGAUCAUCGGAUGGUAGCCGUGGCUCGGCAUUGCAAAAGAGAAAAAGAGUUGUUGAUAAAGUGAAGAAAGAAGAUGUUCGAAAUGUGAAAAAGAUGAAGCAAGUUGCUGAAGAUUUGCCUGAGGAUUAUGAUAGUGAAGACUUGGAGGUUGAAGUUCGUAAUGAUUUGAAGGAAUGGGAUUUAUAUUUCAAGCCUGGUGAAAAGAUUCAGGGAAAAGUGAUGUUAUUCCCUAAUCAGGAUAACAUUGUUGUCAAAAAUAUUAAUUCCAAGUUGACUAAAGAUCAACGUAAGUUGUUUCGUGAUACUUGUUUUGGUUAUUUUUUGGAUAGCCAUCCUGUUGGUUUUCAGUCUCAAUUAGUUCAUAAUGCCUUACAUAGGGAGGUAUAUCAGAAAAAUGAAAAAGAAAUGUGGUUUAAGUUUGGUGAUGAGAAUUUCAGAUUCAGUUUAGCUGAGUUUCUUUGUUGUUUACAGUUUCUUGUGUGUUGGUGA